AUGACAGAAAGGAAAGAGCAGCAGAUCAGCAAAAAGAAGAGCAAACAAGGCAAACAUGCCGUUGUCCGCAUCGACGACCUAGAGAACUUCAGUGUGGCUACGACCUGGAUUCCAUUCUGGCUUCUACAGAUAAACUAUUACUCUCUACCAGAAUGCGAACAUCCUUUUCAAUCGCUCAAAUCUAAGAACAUAAACCCGAAUCCUUCAUUCAGCCCCAAAUUUCACCCGGGCGCUCUCCCCACCCGACCUUCUCUCACCCCACCAUCCCAUCCAACCACUGAAAUGGAGCGAUUAUCUCUAAACGACAACCCUGGCAAUGCCCAGCAGCAGCGCAACCCUCAACAGCAACAGCAAUUCCAACAACAACAACAGAAUGCCCUAGGACCCGCAGGCCCUCAGCCCACCCCUGGGCCUCCGCAACUUCCUCCGCAGAUGUUCACCACCGCCGCACAGCUGCUGGACCUGACAGAUAAGAAAUUAGUUCUUGUUCUGCGCGAUGGCAGGAAAUUGAUCGGUGUGUUGAGAAGCUGGGAUCAAUUCGCAAACCUCGUUCUCCAAGAUACCAUCGAAAGAAUCUAUGCCGGAAAGCUCUACGCCGAUGUUCCCCGCGGAAUCUUCAUCGUGCGUGGUGAGAACGUGCUGUUACUGGGCGAAGUGGAUCUUGACCGUGAAGACGACAUUCCCUCGACCGUAACAAAGGCCUCAUUCGAAGAAGUAUACGCGCUUAAGAAGAAGGAAGAUGACCAGCGCAAGAACAGCGAUAAGAAACGAAACACUGAACUGCAAGCUAUGGGAUUCGAGCCAGAGCACAGCGGCGAAAUUUUGUUCUAA